UCUGUUUUUGGAAGUCAACAAUAACACUUAACUUUUCAAAAUAGUUAACAAUAUGAUGAGUGAAUAUUUUAAAAGUCUAAAAUUAGAAGAAGCAAUAGACUACACAAAGAAGUUAACUCUUAAAAAUGGGGAAGUUUUAUCGGAUCCGUUUAUAAUUGAACCAAAAGAAUGGAGCAACGAUCUCAAUCAUUUGCCAAACAUUACAUGGCAAGACGUUACUCAAUAUUUAAUCGAUACACCUAGCAUAUACACGAAGGAAUCAAUCAGAGCCUAUAAAUCCUUGGAAGCAUUUGAUUACUUCACUUGUGGUCAUGUUCAAGAAUGUUUUUAUAAUAAAAUAUCGAAUAGGAGCAAAUUCUGUUUUAUAAAAUCAAAGGUCUUGCCAAGUCAAAGACAAAACAACAAAAAUAUGUAUAAUGUAUGGACUUGUCUUGAGAAAGAACUUGGUUGGGUACUAACUGCUAAUUGUUCAUGUAUGGCUGGACUAGGAUCAGCUUGUAGCCAUGUAGCAGCAUUAUUAUCUAAAUUAGAAGCAGCUUCACGUUUAAAAUUACACGAAACACCUCCUACAAGUAUCUUGUGUACUUGGAAGAAAUGCAAAAAAUCUGUUCAGCCUGCUUCAUUGCAGCUCAUAAAUUUUCAGCAACCUCAAAAAAUCUUUUACAAAAAGAUUUGGUUGCAAAGCUACCUUUAAAAAAAUACUUUUCCAACAAUAAUCCAAUGGAUGGUGAGCACCGGUUAACAGCUCAAGAGAUGGAAAAACUUUUCAAAAUUAACCCAAAAUCUGCAAUUUUUACAAGUAUUAAUCUUACAGAAUUUAUGUCUGUUGAAUAUGACUCUAGUGCUACUGAAACUUUAUCUGAGACAGAAGAGACAACACUUCCUGAAACUCUCACAUCAUUAUA